ACGAUCGAAAGCCGAGACGAGCGUUCCCCGACCAGGCCCCAAGCGGCAACUGGAAGCGCGUUUGUGGAACGUCCCAGCGGCAGCUCAUAACUACCGAUGUGUUUAAGACUGCGCACAGCAGCAGGCGUUCCGGCCACGCCCAGCAAUGGUGAACCUCUGCCAAACUCGUCUCCUCCAAGCCGGGCGGUUCCAUCUCUCGAGAUGUGGGACCUUGUUCCGCCCGAGUUCUUCCCGUCGCCCUACAGUGACUGGCAAGACUGGAGCUUCGGCUGUAUCAACGAGCUGAGUAUCCUGCUCAACGAUUGCUGCGGAUGAUUCGCUGCAUCAAUCACGAGUUCGAUUCACGCAGUUUCUGACGAGUUAAGGCGCCGAAUUCGGUGCCAAAAUGGUCUGGACUGGAAAACGUGGGCAUAAGUAGUUGAUGCAAAGAAGGCGGCGUAAGAAAACAUCGAUAACUUGGUGAAAAAUGCAAGCAUUUGACGCUUG